AUGUCUGCUUCGGCUAUUUAUAUUCUGGAUAUGAAAGGAAAAGUAUUAAUAUCGCGAAAUUAUCGUGGUGACAUUGAAAUGAAUAUGAUUGAAAAAUUCAUGCAAUUAUUAAUGGAAAAAGAAGAUGAAUCACAGUUAUCACCAAUUGUUCAACAUGGAGAAGUCGCAUUUGUUUACAUUAAAUAUAACAAUGUUUAUCUUGUUUGUACGACAAAAAUUAAUGCCAACAUUAUUCUUGUAUUAUCAUUUUUGUAUAAAUGUGUUCGCGUUUUUAAUGAAUAUUUUAAAGAAUUAGAAGAAGAGAGUAUUCGUGAUAAUUUUGUUAUUGUCUAUGAAUUAUUAGAUGAAUUAAUGGAUUUUGGAUUUCCACAAUCGACUGAUAGUAAAAUAUUACAAGAAUAUAUUACACAAGAAGGACAUAAACUAGAAGAUGUACGACCACCACCGGCUUUAACACAUACUGUCAGUUGGAGAUCAGAUGGAAUUAAAUAUAGAAAAAAUGAAGUGUUUCUAGAUGUUAGUUCGAAUGGUAACGUGUUGCGUAGUGAAAUUAAUGGUUCGAUUAAAAUGCGUGUAUAUCUUAGUGGAAUGCCUGAAUUAAGAUUAGGUUUAAAUGAUAAAAUAUUAUUCGAGUCUACUGGACGUACAAAGAACAAGGGUGUUGAAUUAGAAGAUGUUAAAUUUCAUCAGUGUGUUCGUUUAUCUCGUUUUGAAAAUGAUCGAACAAUCUCAUUUGUACCACCUGAUGGAGAAUUUGAAUUAAUGUCUUAUAGAUUAAAUACACAGGUAAAACCAUUAAUUUGGAUAGAAUCUGUUAUUGAAAAACACGAACAUUCCCGCGUAGAGUACAUGAUUAAAGCCAAAUCACAGUUUAAACGUCGAUCAACAGCGAAUAAUGUUGAAAUUUACAUUCCCGUGCCAUCAGACGCCGAUACUGGUCGAUUUAAAGCAACAUCUGGAAAUGUCAAAUAUGUACCAGAAAAAAAUUCAAUGAUUUGGACCAUCAAAUCGUUUCCAGGUGGAAAAGAAUUUUUAAUGCGUGCUCAUUUUAAACUGCCAAGUGUUUUGAGUGAAGAUUUAGAAGCUAAACCGCCUAUUCAAGUCAAAUUUGAAAUUCCAUAUUUUACAACAUCUGGAAUACAAGUUCGUUAUUUGAAAAUAAUUGAAAAAAGUGGUUAUCAAGCAUUGCCAUGGGUUCGUUAUAUAACACAAAAUGGAGAUUAUCAAAUUCGAACAUCGUAG